GCGGGGAGGGAGGGUGAGUAAAUGCAGCCCAGUCCAGUUCUGCUGCUGUUGCCGCUGCCUUCACUGCUGGAGAAAGAGGAGUUAGUAGAAGGAGGAGGAGGAGGAGAAAGAAGGAGCGCAGAGGAACACAAUUGUACAUCCUGCGAAUAUCUCAUUCUGGAGAAGACCACCAGCAGGGACCGUCGGAACAUCUCCAGUGCUGCAGAUGUGGAGGGAGAGCUGUGACAGUUCCGGUCCAGUGUGUCUGGAUCAUUGAUUCAAGCCCAGACAGGAGCAGAAGGAAGCGAUAAAGAGGAGGACAAUGGGUUCAAGUUUGAACCAGGAAGUAGGCUGGCUUCUGCCCUUGCUAUUCUUGCUACUAAUGUCCACAGUAUCACCUGCCCAAAGCCAAGGUUGUCCCCAACGAUGUGAGUGCAUGUCAAAGCCCAAGACUGUAUCCUGUUUUGGCAAACGUUUGUCCUCAAUACCAGAAGGCGUCCCCCUGGACACCAAGGUUCUAGAUUUAAGAGGAAAUAAACUCCGCUGGGUGGAACGGGGUGACCUGCUUCCAUAUGCACGUCUUGAAAAGCUGGAUUUGAGUGAGAACAUGAUCAGCAUCCUGGAACCAAAUGCUUUUUCUAGUCUCCAAAAUCUCCAAUUUCUGUCCCUAAAGGGAAAUCAGUUGAAACUCGUACCAAUGGGAGCAUUUUCCCAUCUUUCCAACCUCACCUCUUUGGACCUCAGUGGAAAUAAAAUAGUAAUUCUGUUGGACUUCACCUUCCAGGACCUGAAAAGUCUCAAAAACCUAGAAGUUGGAGACAACGAUUUAGUUUAUAUCUCCAACAAGGCAUUCCUUGGUUUAGUUGGACUGAGAGAACUGACUAUUGAGAGGUGCAACCUGACGUCCGUGUCCAGCCAGUCUCUGUCCUACCUGCAUAAUCUGGUCACUUUGCGGCUACGCCACCUUAGCAUUUAUGCGUUAGAAGACCAGAAUUUCCGGAAACUGGGAAACCUUAGGGGUCUGGAGAUCAGUCACUGGCCCUUUUUAGAGUACAUUUCCCCCCACAGCCUUCAGGGUCUUAACUUGUCGUGGCUGUCUGUCACUCAUACUAAUAUCACCUCUGUUCCGACCUCUGCCCUGCGCAGUUUGAGCCACCUCACCAGCCUCGACCUCUCCUACAAUCCUAUCUCUGUCUUGGAGUCCUGGGCACUGCGAGACCUAGUUCGGCUGAAAGAGCUGCACAUGGUGAGCACCAACCUGGCUGUGGUGCAGCCCUAUGCACUGGGCGGUCUACGACAAAUCCAACUUCUUAACCUGUCCUCCAACAGUCUGGUGACCCUGGAAGAAGGUGCUUUCCAGUCCGUCAACACACUAGAGACGUUGCGUUUGGAUGGAAACCCUUUGGCAUGCGACUGUCGGUUACUGUGGAUCCUCCAGCGCAGGAAGACCCUGAAUUUUGACGCUGCCCCUCCAGUGUGUAUGAUGCCAGUUGAGGUGCAGGGACGGGCCCUCAAUGCUUUUUCCGACUCUGCUCUCUUCGACCAUUUCACCUGCCAGAAACCCAAAAUCCGCAACAGAAAACUACAGCAGAUAUCUGCCCGCGAGGGGCAAGUGGUGUCAUUCAUUUGCAGAGCAGAAGGUGAACCGACACCUGUGAUCUAUUGGAUCUCUCCUCAGCGACGCCGCAUCACCACAAAGAGCAGUGGUCGCUUAACUGUGUUGCCAGAAGGCACUUUAGAGAUACGAUACGCACAGGUCACAGACACUGGGACCUACAUCUGCAUAGCCAGUAAUGCUGGUGGAAAUGACACGUACUUUGCCACACUCACGGUGAGUGGACUGCCGCUGGAUUCUGCCCUCUUAGCCAACCAUACUUAUUAUUCUGGAGAUCUUAAUGAUACCAAUCUGAAUGAUACCAAGGUCUUCCUAAAGUUUACUCUGGACCUCAAGACCAUCCUCAUAUCCACAGCCAUGGGCUGCAUCAUGUUCCUCGGUGUGGUCCUGUUCUGUUUCAUCCUGCUGUUUGUGUGGAGUCGAGGAAGGGGGCAGCACAAAAACAAUUUCUCAGUGGAGUAUUCCUUCAGAAAGGUGGACGGACCUGCUGCCAGCGGAGGACAAGGCGGGGCCCGCAAGUUCAACAUGAAAAUGAUCUAAACGGUUGGGCUUUUUUAUUUAUUGGUAUUUAAUCCUGAACACUGUUUACGAGCAGGGUCAAGCUGCCACUGGAAGUGACUUGUAAAACGUGGAACACCUGUCAUUUUUAGAGUUUGAUCAAACGUUUUUUCCUUCUUGUCCAAAUUGGCUAUAUAUGAAUUUGUUAUUGUGCGUUUCUACUGUGUGUGUUCACUGUUGUCAGAGAAAUUUGGAUUUUGUGUAAAGAUGUCUGAACUUUUUUUGAAUAGACUGUUAAAAGACCAAGCAACAACAGCACUCAGAGCCCACCAGUCUGUACCCUCUGACGUGCUCUUGCCAACUCAGUCCUGCUUCCAAACGAGGACUUCACCUCUCUGCUCCAUCAAGCUCUCUGUCUCCUGUCUCCAUGAUAACCAGGGUGGUGCUCAAUGAUUGCCAAGGACUUGCCAAUUUCUAUUUAAAUAGUGCUAGCAAUGUACUGCAUAAACACAGACCUAAGAGUACUGC